GGACUGUCUGCAGUCGAAGAAGGCAGUGCCUUCGAUCGAGCACCGGCUUCUUCACUUACAUGCGAUAAUGGCACUUCAACUUUUCUCUCUUCCUAAUGUUUGCUCCAAGAAGAUUCAUGGUCAGGUCCUGUGUUCGGCAAGCACCAAAGUUGGUGUUUCUCAAGGAGGACGAAGACCGCCCCAGUAUCAGCCGACUCUCUGGACUUACAAUUACCUUCAGUCCCUGCCGACUCGUGACCAACGUCAUGCGGUCAAGCAGCAAAAUGAAAGAGUUCAAAUGCUGGAACAAGAAGUGAGAAGCGCCAUGAAUGACGAAAAUGCCGAAUUCUCGACCGUACUCGCUCUUGUCGAUGACAUUCAACGACUAGGACUAAGCUUUCUCUUUGAUGAAGACGUAAUGAGAGCUCUUCACAGAUACCACCAUUCUCUGGAUGAAGGUUGCAUGAACAGAGACAAGAAGACCCUUCAUGGGACAGCUCUCUGCUUUAGGAUUCUAAGACAAAAUGGUUUCGAAGUUUCUCAAGAUGUUUUCCGGAUUUUUAUGGACGAACAAGGAACGUUUAUGGAGAGCCUCAGCCAUGACGUUGAAGGGAUGCUGAGUUUAUAUGAAGCUUCACAUUUGGCCUUCGAAGAAGAAGAUCUCUUGCGCGAGGCUAAGGCAUUCGCCGUCAAGCAUCUCAAUCACUUUAACAGUACUGAUGUCAGCAGAGAUCUCAAAUAUUUUCGAGUGAAUCAUGGGUCGGGACUGCCCCUGCACCAGAGAAUGCCAUUGCUAGAAGCUCGACGGUCCAUCAAAGCUUAUGCCGCACGUAGAGACGCAGACCGUCGGCUGCUCGAACUGGCCAUGUACAAUUUCAACAUGGUGCAAUCUAUCCUCCAAAGAGAUCUUCAGGAGAUGUCAAGAUGGUGGAAUGAUGUUGUUAGCCUGGCAAACAAGUUGAGCUUCGCAAGAGAUAGACUAAUGGAAUGCUUCUUUUGGACAGUCGGAAUGGCUUAUGAGCCUCAGUUUAGCAAUCUCCGUAAAGGGCUAACAAAAGUGACCGCACUCGUGACCACCAUCGAUGAUGUCUACGACGUUUAUGGUGAUCUGGAUGAAUUGGAGCUAUUCACAGAUGCUGUACACAGAUGGGAUGUCGAUGCCGUGUCGAAUCUUCCGGGCUAUAUGAAGCUUUGCUUCCUAGCUCUCUACAACUCCGUGCAUGAGAUGGCUUACGACGUUCUCAAGCAGGAUGGAGAAAAUAUCAUCCCAUGUCUAGCAAAGGCGUGGAGUGACUUGUGCAAAGCCUUCAUGCAAGAAGCGAAGUGGAAGCACAACAAGGUCACCCCGGCGUUCAAAGAAUACAUGAACAACGGUUGGAUCUCAGUUUCAGGACUCGUCAUAUUGAUUCAUGCAUUUUUUCUGUUGAGCCCGCACGUUAGAAAGGAGGAACUAGAAUCGUUCGAGAGCUACAGCCACGACCUCCUAAAGUCGCCGUCGGUUAUUUUCCGUCUCUGCAACGAUCUCGGCACCUCGUCGGUAAGCAUUCUCCUUCUCCUUCUUCUUCGCUCCCUAGAACUAGUGAGCUGUAAAAGGGCUGAGCAUACAAGCACUGCAACUUUGGGUUGGGUGGAUGAUAAUUGUGUAUCGUAUGAUUGAAAGAGUACGAUAAUUCAGACUUACAAUUUUGACCGAGGAACAUCCAAAUUAAAAUAGACAAAAACAAGAAAUUACUUCGAAUCACUGGAUCAUCUUCAUCAAUACUUUGUGAAAGUGCUAUAGAUGUUUCCAGUUGCUGCUACUAACUAAUACCAACCAGAACUUAUCCAAAAACUUCAUGCAAGAAGCAGUCUUUGAAAAUUACUUGAAAAAUCACAACCUGGUGCACUUCUCUUGCGAUAGUUUUAGGACUUUGCGUGCACUUGUACUUUUAAGUAAUUUCUUUGAAAACAUCAUCAAACUGUGAUGCAAACUUUCUGUAUA